AUGCAGUACGCUAAUGACGGAGAUCUUCAAAAUUAUCUCAAAAAUACUUUUAAGGAUUUGACAUGGGAUGAUAAGAAAAAAUUAGCAUUUCAAAUUGCAGAUGGAUUAAAUUAUUUGCAUAAUGAAAAUAUUUUACAUAGAGAUCUUCAUUCUAAGAAUAUAGUUAUUCAUGAAAAUAAUGCUAAAAUUAUGGACUUUGGUAUUUCAAAAAAUCAAGAUAAUCAAACUUCAACAGCCUAUGUUGGUAAUUUUGGUGUUGUUGCUUAUAUGGAACCAAGACGUUUUGUAGAUCCAAAUUUUCUAUAUAUUAAUGCUUCAGACGUCUAUAGCUUUGGUGUAUUAAUGUGGGAGAUUUCUAGUGGAUAUCCUCCAUUUAAAGAUAAUGAUAAUAAAGUUGCACUUGCUGUUUCUAUUAGUAAUGGUGCUCGUGAGGUUACAAUUCUAGGUACCCCUAAAGAAUAUGAAAAUCUUUAUAAAAAUUGUUGGAACCAAGAACCUGAAGAAAGAUCAACUAUUAAUGAAAUAUUGGAUGAAUUUGAAAGAAUGGGUUUUGGAAAUAUUGCUACUAACGAAGGUAUUUAUUUAUUAUUCACAUCCGUAUAUUUGUUGUAG